AUGGAGUUCGCGAGACCAAGCCGCAGCGACGUCCACCUGAACCGCCGUGAGGCGGAGGAAUUGGAGGCCGCCACCCGUCAGUACUUCGAUGGGGUCGCACCCAAGCGGCACACCAAGCCCCAGCGCAGCGAGUACUCGUCCGCCUAUGCUGACGCGAUCUCCUCCGACGAUGGCGUCAUACCCGAGCACGUUCAGUUCCAGCAUCUGGAGAAGGAUAAUGAGAAGUUAGUGUACAGUGGAGGUAAAGUUGAUGAGGAAUUUACUGAAACAGAAUAUUACAAGGAUCUCAACGGAGUCGACAAGCAGCAUCACACGACUGGAUCAGGGUUCAUAAGAGUGGACAGCUUAAAAGGGAAAAGCUUCAGCCUUUCAUCUGAUUCUGUUUCUGAAUGCCACCCCUCAUGCAGGGGAAACCCGGCUACAAACGAUUGGAUCCCGAAUACCACUGAGAUGGUGGAUUUCAUCACUGACAAGCCCAACAGGAGUGGUUGA